AUGUUCUCUUCCCUUCCCUUCCGUCACUUACCUGUUAGGCUCCCAACAACUACCUUGUGGUAUUGCUUAAUUGUUAAUUUUAUUUAUAGUCGUAUAACGCGUUGCUAUGCAGAAUCAAAAACUACACAUGAAGUAGUAGACGAAGGUUCGUCCGAAGCGCCUUCCUCAAAUAACAGUGAGCUGAAGGAUUUAGCUCACAAUUAUGCUAUCCUACAAAAAAACUUUACAGAACUAGAAGAUAAGUACAAAAGAGCUUUAGCUGAGACAGAAAAUACUAGGAAGCGUCUUACUCGCCAAACAGAUGAAGCAAGAAUUUUUGGAAUUCAGUCGUUUUGCAAAAAUUUGCUAGAAGUUUCUGAUAUCCUCUCUAAGGCAGUUGAUGCCGCACCAAAAGAAGAACUUGACGCUACAAAAAACCCUUCAUUCUAUAAUCUUUAUCAGGGUCUUUCCCUGACCCGUGAUCAGAUGAAUAAGGUUUUUGAACGACAUGGAGUCACUCCUAUUCACCCUAUUGAAGGUGAUAAAUUCGACCCAAAUGUUCAUGAAGCCUUAUUUAAAACCCCAUUAAAGAAAGGAUCAGCCGUUAACACGAUUUCAACAUUGACCAAGGUUGGCUAUGCGCUUCACGGCAGGGUGCUUAGGCCUGCUAUAGUUGGUGUGUUUGCGCCUUAA